AUGAUCGAAGCAGUCAGUUUCCGCGCUUGGGCCGAAGAGGCCUUUGGCAUUUGGACAGAAUGGCGCCACGUCUAUCCUCCUCGCUCGGCUUCGGCGGAGUUGUUGAGGGGUAUCAGGGAUGAUUAUUGGCUUGUCAAUAUCAUCCAUCAUGAUUUUACAGAGACGAAUGGAUUGUGGAAUAUGCUGUUGGAUGCAUGA